GUAAUGUGCAGUCAGCUGUGAUUGUUUGCUACCACGUCAAGAGUGAAGUGCGCUGCUGAAUCACGUACGUUCGCGAGUUCAUUUGUUUUGUUUUUUCUUGUCAAACUGUGGUGCGAAAUGGAACCCGGCGGGAGGGAUUCCCGUUUUAAUCUAGGCUACAGCAUGAAUCUACUCAGCGGGGAGACUCCACCGGAAAUCUACGGCAAUCCCAACUUAGGACGACCAUCUACAAGUUUACAACAACUCUCACCCCGGCAUACUAUGGUUUCGAGUGCUUGUAACCGCGGAAUUAAGUCGGAUAUAUAUGACGACAGGGCAAUGUCGAGCCAGGGGAUGGGACUGGACAGCUGUGUGAAUGAAAUCAGCGAUGACUCCUACUCGAUUCAGUCGAAGAAAUCACCUCCUAGCAACGGGAAAAAAACCAAAGGUCGUGUAAAAAUCAAGAUGGAGUAUAUCGAGAACAAAUUACGGAGGUACACUACAUUUUCCAAACGAAAAACUGGAAUUAUGAAAAAGGCUUACGAAUUAUCAACAUUAACUGGAACACAAGUGAUGUUGCUUGUGGCAUCGGAAACCGGUCACGUGUACACUUUUGCUACUAGAAAACUACAACCAAUGAUUACAAGUGAAGCAGGUAAAGCAUUGAUCCAGACCUGCCUGAACUCGCCAGAUCCUCCAGCUGGUUCUGCGGGGGGUGACCAAAGGAUGUCUGCCACUGGCUUCGAGGAGACCGAACUCACCUAUAAUAUCUCGGACGACGAUUCUAAAGAUGGAGAGACUGGAUCAGACAGUGACAGUGAAGAGAUGGAAACCACAGAAGAGAUAACGAAUUCCGUCGACAAUAAGCCUUCUCUUAUACAAGUUUCAUCGGCUUCUGCACAUGCAGAUGAAAGAAUUAUUCCCAAUAAUGGUGCCAAGACAAUCGUAGAAACUGAAACUCCUCCUAUUCCCAAAGAUUUCAAAAAAGAAGUUGCUCUUUCUCACCUCAAUACUACUACUCAUGCUGGUACAAGUACUGCUACGAGAAAUAGUGCAAAUCUAAGUGGCCUGUUUCCUCUAAUGGUACCUUCCACUACAGUCAACAUGUCUCUUCCAGCUUUUCCUACCUCCUCCCUUCCAGCUUUUUCUACCUCCUCUCUUCCUACCUCCGUUUCCACAGUACCUGCUUCAACGACAACAUCAACUGUUAGUGGAUCAGAAAACAGAGUUCAAGCUCUUCCUUUGGUGUUACAAACUCCCGCAGGUAUGGGAUACGCUUCAACUUCCAAUGGAAUGAUUCUGGGGUUAUUACAGGGUCCAAAUAUUACUCAACCUCAAUUAGUAGCUAUCCCCAUGAGCAGUGUUACGGGAGGAAACGUAGCUAGCAUUUCACCUGUUGUUAAUAUCGAUAACUGACAAACAUUGUUGAUUCAUAAUCGUGGUUUGGUUCAGUACCUUUUCAGUUCGUAAAAUCUAAAAAAACAGGAAACCUCUGGUAUGGAUAUCUGAAUGAUUUAUAGUUCAGUAGAAGCUAAAAGUUGAUUUUAAUAUUUCGAGGAAUUUGGUUUAAUAUUUGGUUGGCCUUAAUUUAUUUUUAUGAUCUCUUUAAGUCUUUUCAUGAAACAUUUAUUAUUUAAAUAUAUUUUUCUACAACCGUGUUAAAAAUGCAAUUUUUAGCACUCCAUAGGAGCGUUAAAAAUGCUACUUUAAGGCACUAGUGCUUUAAAAUUUUUAUGGCACUGCAAUUCGUAUUGACCGUAUAGGCAAUUUUGAUGUAAUGUCAAAAAGAUAUAAAAAUGGAAUGUCAGUCAAGUUCAAGUAAAAGUUUUUGUAGAUAUUGUCCUGUAAUUACGUUUGUAGAAAAAAUAUUGUAUGAUAUGCGUGUUAAAAAGUACAUUUUUAAGGCACUCAUGUGAAUUGCAGAACUCGCUAUCGCUCAUUCUGCAAACUUUCACAUGCGUGCCUUAAAAUUGUACUUUUAACACUUAUAUCAUAAAUAACUAUUAUUAAGUAGAUAUGAGUCACAUCUCUAGUUUAAACAUGACUGUUUAAUGGAUUUAAAAUCAAAUAAUCAAAAAUAUAAGAAUAUAAUAUAAUUAUUCAAAUUCGCUCAAUCCAAAACUUACACGAUUUUGAAAAUGCGCCUAGCAUUGAUAAAAAAUAUUGGGAACAAGAAAUCGUCACAAACUCCGAUCAUCACUUAGCAAAUGUUAAAUGAGUCUGUUUUUGUUUUUUUAUUUUGUCUAUUAGUCUGUAUUGAGCAUCAAUAUGAAAAAAAGCCACUUAUUCUCCUGUGUGUCCAGCAGUUCUUGUAGUGUUUGUAGGUUCAUGCCUGUGCAGUUUAUAACAGUUUAGACAUCAGUAGUUACGAUAACUUAUAUUAUUAUAAUGCUUGUGGUAGCUUGUUUCUAAUGAUUUUUUUCUUGGACAAAAUCUAAACAAAAUUUAAAAAUCUCAAAUAUUUUAUUCUGACAGUUCGGCCUCCAGAUGUGAGGCUUCUGAUGUGAAUGUCUAUAAGCUUCUGAUUUGAAUGUCAAAGCAAUGAACUUACUCGUGAAGCAGACGAUGAUACUUCCAUAGUUGUUCCUUCUAUUUCCAUACGAUAUAUUUCUUUGUUUAUAUAUCUGAUUACUUCCUAAAAUAUUACUUGUAGUCUUGGAAAAUUUUGAUUUCUUAGUUAUUUUACCUGACAAGGUAUACAUCGUUCUCUUUCGGAACGAUACGUCCAAUCCCCCUCUUGAAUAUUUUCCUUCUCUCCAUGUAUGCUAAUAUUAAGAACAUAUAAAUAAAAAUAAAACCGAGAAAGGUGUAACAUUGGGGAUUUGAAGUAAAACGAAAUGUUAGAUUAAUAUAAAUAUAGAGGACCAAAAAGAGCAUAGAAUUGUAAGGGAAAAGUUCGCUGGUGUGGCGACUAUUAUAAGACACCGUAAACAAAGGUACAAUUUAAAAUAAAUUAUGGACAUACUAUAAAUGAAAUGACCAAUGAAAAUAUGUAUUUACAGCAAGCGAAUUGAACAAAAAUAUAUUUUCUAUAAAUAAGUAAAGAAAAUUUAGGACGAGAAAAAAAAUUAAACAACUUUUUAGAAAGAUAUGGUAUAAGUUUUUCUUAAAAACGUUAAAUAGACAACAAAAAUAAAAUUCAACCCACAUUGAAUAUACACAAAAACAGGCAAGAUACUAGUUAGAAUAGAAUCAAAGACAAAAUUUCAAAUUAAACUCUCCUCCAAAAUUGCAUUUGAAAAUUGUUUAAAACUUGCUCUUUAAAUAACAUUUCCGGGACUAAAAAUUUUUUUAAAUGCUGUUUCGAUACCCUCGUUCCUGAUAAUUUUUGACACAUUUACAAAAGAAAAAGAUUUUCUAGGACCAUUUUUUGCGGAAAUAGCUUUUCCAAAUUUAAAAAUUCAUAAUUUGUUUAUUUAUCAAUACAUAUUAACAUUUAAAAGGGCGUGAGAACAUCUAUCAAUCAUACUACUUAACAAUUCCAUUUAUACAUAAUAUACAUAGUAAAAAUUAUAGAAUAAUGUGAAAGAUAAUGAUUUUUGUAGCGACCUUAAAUGAAAACUUUUUGCCCGAAAAUUGGCGGAGUUGUUUGUUGAACCAAUUUCAAUGGAUUUUUUUAAACUGAUUUUGUUUUUAAACUAAAUAUCAAAGAUUUAAUUUCUGGUGGAGUAAAGAUGAUGAGGCCUUGCUGGAAAGACAUGAAGGUGUUUACGAAUUAAACAAACCGUUCCUAGAAUAUAUAGAAAUGGAAGUGUUAAAAUUCCGUGAUCUCUGAUGUAACUUCUGCAAUGUGUAGAUAUUCUGAGGCCAAACAGAUAUUAGUGCUCUUUUUUGCAAUUUAAAAAUAACAUCAGAUUGAACAGCUGUACUAGAACCCCAAAAAGGAAGACCAUAUCGAAGAUGAGACUCAAACAACUAAAAAUACGUUAUUUUAGAAGAUGCUAAAUUGAUGUCCCUUGAGACAGAUCUUAUUGCAUAGCAAGCUGAGGCGAGUUUAUUACUUAACGAAUCGAUAUGUAGGGACCAUUUGAGGUUGCUGUCUAAAAAAAUACCAAGAAAUUUUACAGAAUCGACGGUACUGAUCUGGCAGUUAUUAAGAGGCAAAUGUUGAAGAGCUCCUUUAUAGGAUAAUACUACUGUCUUAUCCACGUUAAAAGAGAGUAAAUUAGAGUCACACCAGGUCUUUAUCGUCAGUAGAUCCGAAGUUAUAAUUUCACGAAGAGUUGCAAUAGUUGAGUUGCUCCAAGUGAUACUGGUAUCAUGAGCAAAAAGAAAAAUUUUUCCAUCGAUUUUUAAAUUAGUGAUGACAUUUAUAAAGAUAAGGAAAAGUAGAGGACCCAAUACUGAACCUUGUGGUACACCACAUAUAAUAUUUUUGAGACUUGAGUCAGUAUCAUUUGCUCUAACCAGUUGUUUCCUAUUAUCCAAGUAGGAUUGGAACCAAUUCAAAGAAAUACCUCUAAUUCCGUAGAAAUUGAGUUUUUUUAUUAAAAUAUCGUGGUUUACACAAUCACAAGCUUUGGCAUAGUCACAGAACAUAGUGGCAGUAUAAAGAUUAUUGUUUAGUGCUUGGUAAACCUCAUGUAGUACAGAAAACAUGGCAUCAGUCGUACAUUUAUUGGUUAAAAAACCGUACUGAUCUUGUGAUAAAAUGUUGUUAUCAACGAUAAAGGACAUAAGUCGAGUUUUAAUGAGUCUCUCAAUAAUUUUGGAGAAUACCGGUAAUAAGGGAAUAGGUCUAUAGUUGCAGACAUUAGAUUUUUCACCACUCUUAUGAAGAGGAAUAAUAAUGGCUGUUUUUAGGCACUCUGGAAAUUUACCUUUUUCGAAGGAAUCAUUAAUUAGUGAGACGAAGAUUUCCGACACAUUUUCUGUGAGAUUAGAGAAAAUUUUUAUAGAUAGUCCAUCAGUACUGGGUGACUUGCAUUUGAUACUAUUGAUUGUUUGGAUUAGUUGAGUUAUCGACUGGUUUUAAAAAUAAUGAAUUCGAGACCUUUCUUGAAUUAGGGAGAUAGGAAAUGGGAUCUUGUUGCGGCAAAAUAGUUGAUGUUAUAUGUUUACUCAAAUUAACUAAGUAAUCGUUUAGACUUUCAGGGUUGGAAAGGGAAAAUGAUUGAGCUGUGUGAGUUUUAUUUCGAAGAUCGUUUAUUAUGGACCAAGUUUCUUUUGCAACACUUUUAGAGCUUCCCCGACGAUUUUGAAAGUAGACUUUUUUACAUUAUUUGACAAGUUUUAGGUAUGUUGUCCUGUAUUUCAUGAUAUAUUUAGUGACAGAAACGUUGGUAGUAAAUUUCUUGAUGUAUAGUAGUGAACGCAUAUUCUUGGCUGAUAAGCGGAUACCUUUCGUAACCCAAGGUUUCCGAUGUUUUGGCUUAAUAGUAAUUAAAGGAAAGUGCCACUCAGAAGUUAAGCAUAAAUUUUGGAAUUUACGAAAAUUCUGGGCGAAAAAAAUCCUACCUAAACGUCGAAUUUUUGAGGAGGGUUUGCUGAAGAUGUUAAACUUCGUAUACACUGCUUCAUGAUCAGAUAGUCCCGAACUAAUAACUGUAGAGCAGACAUCAAGGGGUGAGAAAUCUGAGACAAUAUAAUCGAUUAUGGUAGAUGUACUUUUUGUAAUCAUUGUAGGAGAAUUACCGUGCAUUGAGAGACCAUACGAUUCAAAUAUGUUGACCAGGGACACUUGGGUAGCACAAGCAGGAGCUUAAUUAUUAAUAUUGAAGUCACCGCAUAGAAUUUUUCUGCUUUUAUGAGGCAGGUCAUCUAACAAAUUUAGCAGGUUCUGAAAAAAUAGUUCCACGCUAGAGUCAGGUGAUCUAUAAAUGUAAAUAAUGUAAAGAUUAAGAUUCUUAUUAUAAACUAAGGAAAACUCAAAGAAGGAUUCACUUAACAAAAAGUCAUAUUUUGUUACCAAAGAAAAAUCAUUAUUUGUAGAAAGAAUUAGGGUGCCCCCAUGAGCCGAACUUGGACGAUCAUAUCUAGCAAUUGUGGUAUAUUUUUCUACAAAAAAAGGCUCGUUUCUACAAAAAAAACCGCAACUUUCGGGGGAAAUCCUAAUUCCUCUAGAAAAAAAAUAAUGCAUCAGUUUUAUUUCUUAUAGAACGAAUAUUAAUCAGAAUCAUGCCAAAGUUGUCAUCACUAAAAUGAUUUGAGGUUUCUAAUCCCUCAGAACACGUCUUGUUGUUUAAAAAUUUCGCUUUGGAGAGCCAAUGUAAUAAUAAUUUCGGUGACAUCCCUUGACUUUUGUAGGUGUAUAAUUUUUUUCUAAGUGAGAAAGGACCUAAAAGCGGCAAGAUCAGCUUCCACUUCAGCUGGACCAAUUCCCUAGGCAUCGUUAAAUUCUAGAAAGUCGUAGUCGGUAGUCCUUCGGAAGCCAAAAAGAGUUUAACGCUGGUAUUGGUAUAUCCAUCAUAAAAUACUGAAGCAGGCUGGUCGUGUAAAAAAGCAAAAUGUUAUGAGUUCGGAUCCAGGUUUUUUUGUUCGUGUACGUUAAGGAAAAAGAUCCUCUACUUACAGUCAUUUAAAUUGGUUUUAUUACCUUUAAAUUAAAUUCGUUGUCAUUGUUACACACAUUUUAUGAUUUUAGCAUUACUUUCUUGUGGGACUUACGAUGCUGUAUAACUUGUAAACAGCAAAACCGGUCGCUCCAUCUUACUUUAAACCAAUUAAUAAUAAAACCAGUUUAAAGGAUAGUGAGUUAGAGGACCUUUUUUCCAUAACGUACAUGAAUAUAUGCUCACUUUCUUUUUUGGUUUCGGAUAGGACGAAGUUUUUUGGCACUGCCAAAGCCGGAUAUGGUCCGAAGUAUUUUGUAGCCGAUGCUCUUAUGGCAUGCAAGUGCAUAUAGUACGUGCAUACAGGGUUGGCAGGUUUAAACCAACAUGUUUAAAACCAUGGUUUAAAUCA